AUGGCUGCAUACAAUGCCCAGGAUAGCUACCAAGGGUCCUAUCGGGCCGGGACGAUCACGAUGACUGUCCUGGGCGUCUUGUUCGUGAUUUUACGUUUUCUCGCACGGUGGAAGAAAUCACUAAAGCCAGGCUUGGACGACUAUUUUAUCGUGCUCGCUCUCUUUCCUUUGUUAGCACUCGUUGGAUUGAUGCUAUCUUUAACUAAUUAUGGCAUGGGUUUACAUUCUCAGGUCUUGCCGUUAGCAAACAUCAUAAUGAUUGCAAAGCUUCUACUGAUAUUUGAGAUCAUGUACGUCACAACGGUAGCAACCACCAAAAUUUCUAUCCUCCUCAUGUACUGUCGCAUCUUCCCCACGAGGGAAAUCCGCAUCGCCUCCUUGGUAUUGGGUGGGAUGACACUCUCCUGGCUUGUCGCUAUUAUCCUCGUGAGCGUCUUCCAAUGCAAUCCGAUUCCGCGAGCCUGGGACACGCGCAUUCCUGGUAAAUGUAUCAACCUUAAAGGCAUGUUCAUCGGAAACGCAGUACCCAACAUUGUCACCGACAUUCUCAUUCUGUCUCUACCGGUGAAGGUGGUGUGGGGACUGCACGCAAGCCUCACGCAUCGACUCGUUGUCUUCACUAGUGCCUAUCGCUUCGCUACCAUUUUUGGAUUCGACCCGACGGACAUUGCCUGGACACUCGGAAGAUCCUGCACCUGGUGUGUCGUUGAAUCCUCAACGGGUGUUAUCUCCGCCUGCAUGCCGACCCUGCGCCCACUGUUCAUGAUAGUUUCAUCCAAGUUCUCCAGCCGGUCUGGGACUAGAUCACGAACUACUGAUAUCGACCAAUCUAAAGGUUAUGAGUUGGAUAACUCUGCCCUACGACCGGCGAAUGAGCCGCGUAAUAAAACCAGAACACAGCUGGAGGUGUCCCAUGCCGACGAUGGGUCUGAGGAUGAGGUGCCAUUGAAUUCCAUCCGAGUUCAGCAGUAUAUGACAUGGCAAGAAUCCAGGGGUGACUCUUUUCGAGGAUAUAAAUAA